UCAAAAACUGUGUCCUACUUCCAGGUUGGGAGCGGUUUAUGCUCCCAAUUUUCAGUUGUGAGGAAGCAAGCAUGCAUUUAAUCCAGGUGGACUCUGUCCAGCGUUGGAUGGAAGAUCUGAAGCUUAUGACCGAUUGUGAAUGCAUGUGUAUUCUUCAGUCUAAACCAAUCAGUAUAGAAGAAGAUGCACAGAGUGAAUUUUCUUUUUCAUCACAAAACACUGCCUGCGAUAAAUUGCAAUUGUUGCUGAAAAGAGCUUGGAUUAUAAGCACUGAGCUGACGAGAAUAGUUCAAAAGCUAGAGAAGAACAGGUGGCAGAGAGUCCAUAGCAUGACAGUAAGAGUCAAUUGCCAUGUCCGUUCAAUGAUAAAUGAAUAUAACACAUUCACAAGGAAUUCCUGGGAAGAAAUGCACCAGUAUGAAAAAAUGUUAGUGGAAAAAUGCUCCGAACUUACAACAGUUACAGAAAGAUGCAUAGAGAUUGAAGAUGAACAGAUACUAAAGUCUAUGAAAUCUUGUAUUAACGAUGCACUAACUACAGUUGCACAGUAUUUUGGCCAGUUGAUAGAACUAGCCUUAACACAUGAAAUCAAGAACCUGGUGAGGGAAAUAGAUUCAUCAGAUAAUCUGUAUUCUGCAGAAUCAGCUACAAGCAAUUUAUUCAGUCUUACUCAGGAAGGAUCUCAUAUGUCUCGUAUCAUCGCUAAGGAAGGAGGCAUAACUGCUCUCUUCAAGAUUUGCCGCCAAGAUUGUUUCCGGUCCCUAUAUCCUCAGACGCUCAGGACGCUGGCAUCCAUAUGCUGUGUGGAAGAAGGAAUUCAGCAGCUGGAAAAGGUUGAUGGAAUAUUAUGCUUAGCUGACAUCCUUAUGGACAAUACCCAUUCCCAAGCUACCCAUGCAGAAGCUGCAGCAGUAAUAGCACAGAUCACAUCUCCUCAGCUCACUUUCACUCAGCAUCUCAGCAGCUUUCUUGAGAACAUGGAGGAAAUCGUUACAGCACUUCUCAGACUCUGCCAAGAGGCCACCUCUGGAGAGGUUUUUCUACUGGCUUCAGCUGCACUUGCCAAUGUUACUUUUUUUGACACAAUGGCCUGUGAGAUAUUGCUUCAGUUGAAUGCAGUGAACAUUCUUCUAGCAGCUUGUUGUGACACACAGAAAGUGGAUAGUCCCUACUCCCGAGAUCAGGUUGUUACAAUAUUAGCAAACAUGUCUGUCUUGGACCAAUGUGCUUCAGAAAUAAUCCAAGGAAAUGGUGUUCAGAUUUUAAUGGAAAUGCUAUCUGAGAAACCAUCCUGUGGGAAUUCACCAGAAGUAGCUGCUUGUGAACGGGUUCAGCAAAAAGCUGCCGUGACGCUCGCCCGGCUGAGUCGUGAUCCCGAAGUAGCACAUGCCGCCAUAAAGCUGAGCUGUAUUCCACGGCUCAUAGAACUCUGCAGGUCUCCUACUGAAAGAAGUAACAGUGAUUCGGUUCUUGUUGCAUGUCUCGCAGCACUACGACGACUAGCUGUUAUGAGUCCUGAUGGUCUUCAGGAGUCAGAUUUCCAACAAUUGAAUAUAAGAUGGCUAUCCUGUAUCUUUUGAAUUCAGUAUCCAUGAGGUCAGUAGGAUUCAAGCUUACGUAAAAGAAAGCAAGAUUGUGCUGAGGACCUCUUGUUGACCGAAUGGCAUGCUGGCCAGAAACAUUUUCAUAUCAAUGAUUUCUUGUCACAUUGCUGGAAAUAUUUUAAAUAUAUAUGUAAUCAUUGGACAAACCUGGCAGAUAAAUAAAUACACACACACACUCUAUAUGCAAAAAAUGUGUUGUCUUUUGCACACCAUAUGAUAAUGAGAUGUGUAAAUGUACAUUUUAAAUGUACAUGUAGUUGACUGUUUAAAAUAUUUUUCACUGUGGAAUUUAUUUGCAUCUUAAGUAUUUCUACUUUUUUUGUCUACAACAUUAUUAAAGAUUAUUUGCAUGAAAA